AUGGUAGCUUAUACAUUAGCACUCCCGUUGAUCCUAUUUUCAUCUUUUUGCCAAUUUUCUGCAAUGCGCGAUUAAAGAAGGGAAAAGAACAAGGAAUGUUUAGGCAAAUUGAUGAAAUUUUAUUUAAUAAUGACUAUCCAAGUUAUCAGUGCCUGGUGUCACUUGCAGAACAAUCUAUGCAGUUGGUUUGUGAGGUUAAAGAAAUUGGUUCUUUGAAGUUUUUCAGGCUGGAUGAUUCAAAGGUUUUAAGUUGGUUGUGCUGUAAGGUUCAGCACUUAAAAACAGCAUUAAUAAAGUUGGACAAAAAUUAUGCUGCUCAAGAAGAAAAGGAGACGUUGAAGGAGGCUGUUUCCAUAUUGGGUGAAUAUUUAAAAGAUGAGCCCUGGUUGAGACUCCUUUGCAGCCACUUGAAGUUGGAUUUAAAUGAGACCAUGAAAGAAUCACCAAGAAUGGAAGAUGACCUUCUUUUCCCCGAGAAAUCUGUUGCGUCCUCUCAUCCACAUAAGGGAAAGGGUGGGACGGCAUGGACUAGCAAUGGAAAACAAUCAAAAAAACUGAAAGCGGAAACUGAUUCCCACAAUAUCAAAGACAUGUUCCGCAGAAUCUCCAGGAGAGCUCCCUGAGAGAAACCUGACCGGAAGAAAAAUCAGGUUUGAACUGUUAUGAGCUUCAGCUUAAUCUGUAAGGCAACGUGGAUUUAUUCGUGUUAAUCAUAAUCUAAUGCGAUAUGAACAAGCUUCAAUUGCAGCUUAUCGUUUUGAAAUUUUGAUGCAUUUUCUUUCAGUGAUUUGUUUAGGAUAAUGCAUUACGAUCUUCUACACAGAUCACAUUUUAUCUGUAAGCUAUGGAAGUUCAGAUGAUUUGGUGGUUUAAUUUUUGGGUUUAUUGUUAUUUUCUUGUCUUUGUGUAACUAUAUAAUCUUCAAAAAUCACGUGACAUUAAAAUUUGGAUUAUGGAUGAUAGAAUCUCUUCUCAAGGCUCGAAUUCUAAGAUCAUGUCGUUGAGCAUUGGUUUGAUAGAGAUACGUUGUUUAGAAAAGAAGUGUUUUUGAAUUAUUGUAAUUUAUUCA